CGACAGCUGUAACUACAACCAGGGCCACUACAACGGUUCGAGCGGCAGGGGCAGAAGCGACUACUCCUAAGACGGUGUCGGCACGCCCUCCACUUUCACUAAGCGAAGACGUUGAAAACCCCAUCGUGAACAGCAAGGAGGUCGGCGGUGUCGACAUCCCAAACAACCUGAACCCGCUUAACAUCCCUUCACAGGCUAUUGAUCCCAAACUGGGCAACUUAGGGAACGAGAUUCCCGGAAAUGACGCCAUCGUGAACUUCCUGUUGACCAAUCAGCGUUGCCCUGGCAUCUGCAGGUGCGAGUUUGCGUACGUCGAUUGCAGUAAUGUCGGGUUGGCGGUCGUGCCCAAUCACAUCCCGCCACAGACGUUUCGGCUGUACCUGGACCACAACGGUCUGGUGAAGAUACCGUCGCAGAAGUUUGCGGGGAUGUGGGGCCUGUUGACGCUGGAGCUGCAGUACAACCAGCUGACGAGUGAGGGCAUUGUUGACGGGUCCUUCGAGGGACUGCUGAACUUGAAGUAUCUCAUCCUGUCCAAGAACCACCUGACGAGAGUUCCCGAGGAGCUUCCUCCGAAUCUUCAAUACCUAGCCCUGGACGGUAACCUGAUCCGGUCGCUGCCCAUGGAGGCGGUGUCGCCCGUGUUCACCAAGGCUCCACAACUGUCCUGGGUAGCGCUACACAACAACCCCUGGACAUGUAACCUGCACGUGUGCGGACUGAGGGGGUUCAUGUACUCUAACUCUAUCUACGUACCCAACCGGGACAGGUUAACCUGUUCAGCACCCGAUCAUCUCAACAGGAAAAGGAUAGAAUCCAUCCUCAACAUCUGUGCCCCGCACCUGCACAACAUCCAGCACUACAAGGUGCCCACCACGCAGUCACCAGGGGCAUCAGCGGAUGAUAUGGAGAAUCUGGAGGCGGAGGAGGAGAGGGACACCCGCGGCGAGGUACCGACCUACCGCCCGCUGGAUCUACGGGAGAACGCUACGGACUUGGCCGCCAACUGCCCGAAGAAGUGCCAGUGUAACCCGUUCGGCCACGUGGACUGUCGGAACCUGGGUCUAACGGCUAUCCCCGAGGACGUGCCGCACUACGCCACUAACUUUUACCUGGAGGACAACACCAUCACCAGGAUACCCGACGACUCCGUGCUGAAACAGCUCAACAAGCUCAAGGUACUGCAUCUGCACAACAACUUCCUGACGGGGGACCGCAUUGACAAGUCGGCCUUCAGCAGUCUGACGUCACUGGAGUACCUGCACCUGAACGGGAACUACCUGACGAGAGUGGAUCUCCGUCUGCCGGAAAUGCUGAAGUACCUGUACCUCAGCAACAACUUCCUGUCCUUCAUCAAGGAAAGCGCAUUCAAAGGAGCUCCAGAGUUAGAGCGGCUGUACCUGGAGGAGAAUCUGCUGUCAGAUGACAGCAUCAGCGAAGAAGCGUUCAACGGCCUCUACAAACUCCGGCACCUCAUCAUGUCCGGGAACAAACUACGGGGCGUUCCGAAAAUCCUGCCGGGCAGUUUAGAGGUCCUACAGUUGGACGGUAACCAGAUCGGCAGUGUACAUCUGGACAGUCUGGCCAACAUGAACAACCUCGUCAAACUGUCUCUGGCGAACAACCAGAUCACUGACGCAGGGCUGCCCGAGUUCCUCUUCAAGGACCUUCACAGCCUACAGCGGCUUCAUCUGUCCAACAACUCUCUGGAGAAGGUUCCGGACCUGCUGCCGCGCCGGAUCAAGUUCCUCUACCUGGACGGCAACCGCAUUAGGAAGCUUGAAGCCGACCAGUUCACCCGGAUGCGCCACCUCAUCUGGCUGCACCUACAGGACAACAAGCUGCGUGCUACAAACAUCGACCCCUCCGCCUUCCGCGGACUCCGACGGAUCACCCUCCUCAACCUCUCCAAGAACCAGCUCUACAUGGUACCUAGAGGGCUGCCUGCCUCCCUAAAGAACAUCUACUUCUCGAAUAACAAGAUCGUCAACCUUCCUGCUCACACUUUCACCGACAUGCAGGGUUUAAUGGGUUUGUAUCUCGACCACAACGAUCUGGAUAACACGGGGAUCGUGGACGGAUCUCUGUACGGCCUCAAUAAGCUUCUCACGUUGGAUCUAUCCUUUAACUACAUGACACACUUUCCUACCGGACUGCCGAGGAGUACAAACUAUCUUUACUUCCAGAAAAACUAUAUCAAGGAAAUCAGCAAGCGUGCCGUCACAGCGGUCCCCAACCUGAGAUGGUUGUAUCUACAAAACAACCGCCUAACGGACGGUAGCUUGGAAGGUGGGAUCUUUACCUACCUACCAGAUCUCAUGAAACUGGAUCUCUCCGGAAACUACUUGGGACAGGUACCGACCGACUUGCCGAGAAAACUCGAGUACCUGUACUUGAACGAUAACGACAUCAAGGUGAUUUCUGAAGACGCCUUCAAGAAGACGCCGUUCAUUCGGGAACUUGAACUGAGCGACAACCCGUUGUCGAAGUUUGACAUCGCGACGGGGGCUCUAACCCCUCUAAAGUUCUUGAGAAGGCUCUACAUAGCAGACGACGACGAGAACUCAGAAAACGAAAUUGACUACUACGACUAUUGACGAAGUACUUCUCCUUUUGCGGUGCUAAAGUUCUGAUGACAUCUGAAUUCCAAGACUUCUUCGAUCCUAGUUUUAAGUUUGGUGAUAUUUUUUGCUAACACCAGUACUUCAUGCUGCAUAUUCAUUGUGUCGUAACAUCGUGUCUGCUUGUUUAUAUGUCGUGAUAUUUGAAAGAAAAAGAACGCAACGAAGGGUUGCCGAUCGAGGAAUCUUAUUAUCUGGUAGUCAAUGCUGGAACAGUCUCAUUGUCUCAUUCUCCUACGCAGAUUUGAACCCGUGUCGUAGAACACCGCUCAGUUCGACUCUGCUUAACUGCCCUGCUCUUUCCACUAUUGAGGGCGUUGACACUAAUGAAUUGUUAGCCAAUCAGAGGAUAUGUCUUGAGUGAAUACUGCACGCCGGUUGGCUUGUGCCAAGGAAGACAUGCUCAUUAAUAUUCAUUAGCGAGGCCGGCUAUUGUUGCAAAGGACAAUGUGAUUAAACAGAGAUGAAUCUAGAAAAGGUUCUACGACGCGGAUUCAGACCUGCACAGGAGAAUGCUUUGUCUUUGAGGAAAUUGUGAUUAGGCAUAUUUUGGUACAGGAAAUUUUCUGAUGGCAAUUUGUCACUACUUAAGUGGAAUUAACUUACUUAGAAAUUUAACUGGGUCUCAUGAUUGCUAGCCUAUCGGAACCAACAAGUUAACUGAGCAAUCAGGUCUGUCUCCAUUUAGAUAGGAUAAUGAUCAAGUGAUACUGUUGAUAGUAACCGCUGGUGACAUUCGUCUAUCGCUGAUUGUUUUAUAGGUCACAUUUUGAUUGAUUCUAGUUCGUAUGAAUUGAAAAAAAAACACCGUCAAUGUUCUAUGAUGACCUCUUCAAUCUUCAAUUUAUCCCUUUAUUUUGUUUACUUGGUCAAUUUUUGUCGCGUUGAUUUACUGAGAUGCGCCUGUUGGCGACAAAUCCUGUGGUGACUUUCCGAAUUUUCGCCUAUAUUCCUUAUGGUCAUGCCUAGGUAUAUCACAUCUUUCGCCCCGAAGUUAGAUGGAAAACGACU